CGCUGCACUGUGGGUAGCGGCGCCGCUCGGGGAGCCCUCGGUGGCGGCGGCGGCGGCGGUGGAGCGAGGCUGCGCGCGCCGAAGAUGGCUGAGAAGCAGAAGCACGACGGGCGGGUGAAAAUCGGCCACUACGUGCUGGGCGACACGCUGGGCGUCGGCACCUUCGGCAAAGUGAAGAUUGGAGAACAUCAGUUGACAGGUCAUAAAGUGGCAGUUAAAAUCCUAAAUAGACAGAAGAUUCGCAGUUUAGAUGUUGUUGGAAAAAUAAAGCGGGAAAUUCAAAAUCUAAAACUUUUUCGUCAUCCUCAUAUUAUCAAACUAUACCAGGUAAUCAGCACUCCAACAGAUUUUUUUAUGGUAAUGGAAUAUGUGUCCGGUGGUGAAUUAUUUGACUACAUCUGUAAACAUGGACGGGUUGAAGAAAUGGAAGCCAGGCGGCUCUUUCAGCAGAUCCUGUCUGCGGUGGAUUACUGUCAUAGGCAUAUGGUUGUGCACCGAGACCUGAAACCAGAGAAUGUGCUGUUGGAUGCACACAUGAAUGCCAAGAUAGCUGAUUUUGGAUUAUCUAAUAUGAUGUCAGAUGGUGAAUUUCUGCGAACUAGUUGUGGAUCUCCAAAUUAUGCAGCACCUGAAGUAAUCUCAGGCAGAUUGUAUGCAGGUCCUGAGGUUGACAUCUGGAGCUGUGGUGUUAUUCUAUAUGCUCUUCUCUGUGGCACCCUUCCAUUUGAUGAUGAGCAUGUGCCUACAUUAUUUAAGAAGAUCCGAGGGGGUGUUUUUUAUAUCCCAGAAUACCUCAAUCGUUCUGUCGCCACUCUCCUGAUGCAUAUGCUGCAGGUUGAUCCCCUUAAACGAGCAACUAUCAAAGACAUAAGAGAGCAUGAAUGGUUUAAACAAGAUUUGCCCAGUUACUUAUUUCCUGAAGACCCCUCCUAUGAUGCUAACGUCAUUGAUGAUGAGGCUGUGAAAGAAGUGUGUGAAAAAUUUGAGUGUACAGAAUCAGAAGUAAUGAACAGUCUAUAUAGUGGUGACCCUCAAGACCAGCUUGCAGUGGCCUAUCAUCUUAUUAUUGACAAUCGGAGAAUAAUGAACCAAGCCAGUGAGUUCUACCUCGCCUCUAGUCCCCCAACGGGUUCCUUUAUGGAUGAUAGUGCCAUGCAUAUUCCUCCAGGCCUGAAACCUCAUCCAGAAAGGAUGCCACCUCUUAUAGCAGACAGCCCUAAAGCAAGAUGUCCAUUGGAUGCCCUGAAUACAACUAAGCCCAAAUCUUUGGCUGUAAAGAAAGCCAAGUGGCAUCUUGGAAUCCGAAGUCAAAGCAAACCAUAUGACAUUAUGGCUGAAGUUUACCGAGCUAUGAAGCAGCUGGAUUUUGAAUGGAAGGUAGUGAACGCAUACCACCUUCGUGUAAGGAGAAAAAACCCAGUGACUGGCAAUUAUGUGAAAAUGAGCUUACAGCUUUACCUGGUUGACAAUAGAAGUUAUCUUUUGGACUUUAAAAGCAUUGAUGAUGAAGUGCUGGAGCAGAGGUCUGGUUCCUCAACACCUCAGCGUUCCUGUUCUACUGCUGGCUUACAUAGACCCAGAUCAAGUUUUGAUUCUGUGACUGCUGAGAGCCAUUCAUUGUCGGGCUCCCUCACUGGCUCCUUGACUGGAAGCACACUGUCCUCAGUUACACCUCGCCUGGGCAGCCACACCAUGGAUUUUUUUGAAAUGUGUGCCAGUCUGAUCACUACUUUAGCUCGUUGAUGAUUUUCCCCUAGUUUUAUCUUUCUGUUGUUGCACUGUGAAAAUCACAUGUAUUCUUUAAAUUAUUAUUUUACUUAUGUAUACACAUACUCUAAAAUGCUGAUUGGCAGACAUGAAUAUUGCCAGGGGACACUCAAUGCCAUUGAAAUUAUGAAAACAAAAGUCUGACAUUUUAUUUAUCUGUAUAAAUCUGUAAUUCUAUUUUGUCUAUGAUAAAUUCAUAUAGGCAGUAUCAUUAGUAGGUGAACACUGAUGAAGAUCAUUAAUUAAAAUUGUGAAUUCACUACGGAUGACUAAUACACCUUCACUGAUGAACCAUCUCAGUCAGAGGGUGGUUUGGCAGCAUCUCCUUGCUUUACCCUUUAGUGUAGGUAAAUCCAGUUAACUACCUAAAAAUUUCAGCAAGCUUGAAGAUAUGUUUAUGCUACCAGUUCUUUUCUUUUUUAAAUCCUCAUCCAAGUAGUGAGGAUAUUUUUUCCAUUGAUCCCAUAGAUAGAAUGGAAGGGAGAAGGGGAGAGAGAGAAACAUAGAUGUGAGAGAGACACAUCCAUUGGUUGCCUCUUACACAUGCUGUGAGGAACAAACCAGGAUCCCAAGUAUCUGUCCUUGAUCUGGAAUCAAGCUCCCAACCCUAUAUUGCACAGGUUGAUGCUCUAACUACUCAGCACACUGGCCAGGGCUGCACCAUUCAUUUUGCACAUGAUUGAUAAAUAAAACAACCAUUUGUAAAAUAGUAUUUAAAUAUCGAAAUCUUAAAAAUGUGCCCCCAAAAUUUCAGAAGUCAAGUUCUAGGAAUUUUUGCCUAGUAUUUGACAGAAAGGCUGUGGUUCUGAAACCGUAACCAUGAUUUCCUGGUUUCUUAAAAAUAACUGUAACCAAUUAGAUGUUUUAUCUAAAGACCAGAAAAUCAGGCCCAGUGCAUGAAUUUUGUGCACUGGUAGGGUCCCUAGUAGCUGCUGGUUGCUGGCCAGGGCCUCCCUUCCUUCCCAGCCCACUCUGCCCCCUGGUUGAACUCCCAGAUGACCACCUGGUCAUGAGGACAAUUUGCAUACUACACUUUUAUAAUAGAAUGUCCACGAAUAAUAUACUUAUUUUAAGAGCCUUCAAGGUUCUACUCAAUAUUGAAACAUCUGGAAUUGCAACAACUUUUGUCAUAAACAUAUCAUUUAAAACAUGCCUUUAAAACCUACCCUUCUGAAUUCUUUUUGGUUCUAUUUAUUUUUGUACUUUACUGAGCAUGAUAAAACUGACAGUUACAUGAAACAAAGAAUAUCUUCAGUUCCUUAAAAGAGAACUCUAAUCUCUUAUUAUGUGUGGUGGUAAGGUAUGUGUGUGUGUUGGUAAGGUGUGUGUGUGUGUGUUGCAUCCCACAUGUUAAUUCUUCAGGGGAAGUUUGUCAUUGCAACCACCCACUUCUUCACUUUUCCUGGUCACCAUUGUCUUUGUUUAUUGUAUGAUCCUUAGUGGCUGAUUGGUUUAGACUUUAAAUCCUAUUUGAAAACGCUGUUCUGGGCUUAAGGGCUUUUAUGUAAUUCUGGAGUUUGAUAGGCUGUAACCUUCAUUGUUGAACUUUUUAGGGCAGGGAAGCUGUAAACAUUAAAAAAAAAAAAUCUCUUGUAUAAAUAUAUAUGUUGUUCACUCACCAAAGCUUUUUAAAGGAACCCAAAAAGGCUUUUGUUUGUUUUGUCCAGGUUGUUAUUUAAAAAAAAAACCCACACACACCUAUAUACAGUAGGAUAGAUAAUAGCUUAUUAAUUAUAUUUUGUUUUAGUAAAAGUAAUUAAUUUUAAAGUUAUGUAUAAUUUACCUAAUUUGUAUUUAUUCAUUUGUUUUCUACAGCAUGCUGUGAUUCACCUGACUUAACCUAGAAAAGAUUAAGCUCUUGAAAACAAAAAGUGAUUAAACCUUGACAGGUUUCUCUUUGCCAAAAAUAAUGCUUCCUACCAGAAGCAAAUGAGAAUGCUAGACCAAAUUUCUUCCAUGUCUAUGGAAGAUAAGUAUGUCUACCUUUAAAGAGUUUUGAGUCAGGAGUGUGCAGUGCUACAUCAUAUUGUUUUGUAGAACUUUUAAAAAAUCUUAAGUAACUUUUUAAGUCUGACUUAAUAUAAAAUAAAAGGAACCUUUGCUGGAAAGAGGGUGGGGUUGCAGUCAAGAAGUUUUAAGUUUAAGCCCUUGUAAGGUUGCCACCUAGUGGCACAAAAGGGUGCUUUCUGUGAUUAUUUUUAUAGGGAUAAGCAGUAUUCCUAUUGUUAGUCUGAUGUGCAUUAUAGAUACAGCAUAAUUUUGGCCUUUCCAAGUGUGUAAAUACCUCUUUUUGGAAAAGCAAGGCCACCCCAUAACCUGUGCCAGACUAAUCAGAAAUAAGGAACUAAUCUGAUUCCUUAUCCUCACUGACAAAAUCCCUAAUAAUUUUGAAGGUGGAAAAACAGUAGGAAGGAACCCAGUGGUAUUUUAGCUUUGUUAGUCUUAAUAAAUCAUAUAUUAGAAACCUAUUCAUAUAAAAACUACUUUAUAUGGAUUAUAUUUUUUAUUUACUAUUUUCUCAUUCUUGCCAGUAUUCAUGAAUAUCAAUAAUUUGGUAGUUACCUGUUGAGGGUCACAGUUUUGGUUUAGUAUGCUUAAGUUUUUAAAGCACAGCUCUUCUGUGAAUCUAGAAUUGUUUUGUGGAGAGAAGAUUCCAGGAGGCUUAGUCCAGGAUAACCAGAGCUAGGACAUUGUCAAAGGAGGCUUUCUGUUGCUAAUGAACAGAGAAGUACUAAAUCCCCACAAUCAGUACUAAUUCCCGACAUUUCAGUCUUAUGUACUGGUUAAUUGUGAAUGUGCUUUGUGGUAGGCAGAUCUGCAGUAGGAACAACUAUUUCCAGUUAAAAUUUUAGAAGAGAGUUUCUAUAGUUAGGUUAUAGAUAAAGGCUUAGAUAUGUCAUGGAAAUGGACUCCAUCGGAUUCUAGAGUAACAUUUCCCAAAUUGUAUCCUGCGAGAUACUCUGCAGAAAUAUUCCACUCGAACAAGUUUGGAAAAUGUGAUGUGCUACUCUCCCGCUUGAAGAUGACAGUCGAUGUGAGAGUUAAAGGCUUUGAUGCCCUGUGG